GUUCUGCAGAAUUACAGCAGCUCACGUUCAUCAGUGGCACGAGGCUAAUGAAAAGACAGCCCAUUGACCCACAUCUUCCAGCACAGCCACAGCUCCAGAAGGAGAUUAUUCACCUGCUGGAGCAGCGUCUACUGUGGAAAACUCCACUGGCCUCCACCCUCAGUGAUCAGUGCCCUUUCUGUGGCCUAGGACUGUUCAUCACUUCUUUCCAAAACUGGAAAGGCUAUUUUUGGCUCUAGGUAACAGUAGAUUUAUUUCUGAAUCUCCUCUUGCAGUUUGCAUGAACUAAACUUUGCUUACAGGUGUAAUUCAGAGCUAUGAUAAGGCAUGAGCUGUUUCACAUUUUAGUUUCUGAUUCCUUGACAGAAAUUUUAUUGGCUGCUCUAGUAAUUCACCUCCACUAAUGCUGAAAAUACAAGCAGCUCUUGUACACUUGGGAGGACUAGUGAAAACAUAUUUGGUGGCUGCAGCCGAGCUUCCCAGUAGCUGUGUGUUCAUAUCCCUCCUCAAAUACAGGGUUGGAAGACCGGGAACAUUCCCUCUCCUGUGAAGAGAGACCAAGAUUUUGCACAUCUCUUUUACCUUUGUCCUUUUCAGAGUUCUCACACUCCUGUGAAGGACACCAAAUUCCCCCACCUUUGGGAACUCAUCCUCAGAACAAGCCAACAAAGGCCCCGGGGCUGUGGUGUCAGUCCUGGAGCGUGUGGUGUCUGCUUGCCUGGUCUCACCUCAUUCAGUCUCACCGGGGAAGUGUUUGCAGGUGAAGAUGAACAGGGGAAUUGUCUUCUUGUCCCUGCUUGGCUUCCUCCCGCUCGUGAUACCCACCUGCCCUGUGCCAUGCCAUUGUACCAGCACCAUCAUUGACUGCACCUCAAAAGACCUCACUGUAGCAAACCUGCCCGUGGCUUUCCGUCCUUCAGCUGAGAUUAUCCACCUCGGUUACAACAGGCUCACCUCUAUUCCCAAUGGGCUCUUUGACAACCUGAACAGCCUCCAGGUAGUCUACCUGCAGGGCAACCCUUGGGAAUGCACCUGUGACAUCCUCUACCUGCGCUCCUGGCUGCAGUGGCAGCAGAACCGGACGCUGUACAGGGAUGUGAGGUGCAGCUCCCCGGCACACCUGCAGGACCGGGUCAUUGCCUACCUCACAGAGGACGAGGUCAACUCCACGUGCCAGUACUGGUACUGCAGCCUGGCUCUCCUCUCUCAGCUCUGUCUCUUCAUCCUCCUUUUCCUCCAGGGUAUCUUGGUUAUCUUCAUCAUUGUUUACCUGCAGAAAUUUCGGAGAAUGACCGCUGAAGCCCGGAGCACCACCCGAGAUCUGCACCAGCAGGCUGACCCUUGGGUAUCUUCUUCCAGAAACCCCUACAAUAAUGAUUAACAUCACAAGACUAAGACCCUCCUCUUGAAGGAUGAUGUGCCAAGCUCCCGUGGUUUGUGAUACCCAGAGCAGACAUCUGAUCCUGACUGCAGUCCAAAGCAGGACUUGAACUGAUUAGACACUUGCCUGUGUUCCUAAAGAACCAGUCCUGUGGGGUUUUUAAUGCUUUGAACUCUUUAGCAUGAUCUUGAUUGCUUUGCUGAGCUGGAAGUGGCUCUGGUUUGGUAGAUAAAUCAAAUCAUAAACUCCAGUGACCAGAAGUGACUCGAAUGGCUGACAAGCUCCUAAAGGCUACAGAGCUUGAUCCCUCCUAUGCUACAAUAUUUCAGCCACACUUCCCACGAUGCUUCUGCUUGUGUUGGGUCAGGUGAGGACAGAGGUGGGCAGGGAACAGUUAAGAUACCCAACUAAGACAAUGGAGAAAUACAGUUUCCUCGUGUUGCUUGAUGCAUCUUUUCCAGUGUUCUUCCGAGGGAGGGAGGGAAUGUUUAGAAGCCCACCUGUUUUAUCCUGUCUGCAUUCCUUUUAAUCUACUUACAGUUUUAAUAGUGAUUUCAGCCGAGUGAGACUGGGGCCCUGAAUGCUUUGGAGACACUCAUCCUGAAGCCAACAGUUGUUGAGACCAGUGUCUCGCUCUGGCUGUGCCUGUAACAGCGCUUGGCACGAGAGAUCCACUCUUCAGAAGACUCAAACCGCAAACCCCACCGCUGAUGUGCAUAC